AUGGAAGAUCGCCUCGCGCAAGUGCCCCUGGUAGACACCUUCCGGCUCUCUGACGAGGCCUUGAAGUUUCUCUCGAAGAGCUCGAAGGAUUCGUUCCAGCUCGAGCAGAAGAAGCCGAUCGAGGUCACGCGCCAGUUUGCUACUUCUGUCGAUCAUAAGAAUAACCACAUACAUGCCCAAGUUGACAGAUACAAGAACAGAAUUCGCAAAAACCACCAUCAGGCAUGUAGUCCGCGUGUCCACACUGUGCCUUGCUUGACAAGUGAUUACCUCAGCAUGCAUUCAUUGAUAUCGGCGGGCGCGAUGGGCGGGGCUUCACUGUCAACGGGAAGUUUAGCUGGCAAGAGCGUCGGCUCGAUCAAGAUUGUCGGUCGUGAAGACCCUACUCAGGCUGAGAGCCAGCGUGCUCAAAAGGUUCUAGAGAUCCUCCAAGGUCUCAUCAACCUCGAGCACGACAACCCAUGGGUUCAGCUCAUAUUCUUUUCCUCUCCCAGGGACGACUUCGAAUGGCCCUCCGCCUGGACGGAGGAGGCGAAUGAUGCGGAUAUUGUCAGAUACUGUGCCAACCGUGUCAGUCGCCCCCUCAAUCCAUCUCAGACGAAAGCUGUGAAGCAAAUGCUCCAGCAGUCAAAUGACAAGCGUCUUACUGUCAUCCAGGGGCCCCCUGGAACCGGUAAGACCACUGUCAUCGCUUCGUUUGUUCAGACUGCCCUUGCCGGUGGACUCUCUGGUAUCUGGCUCAUUGCUCAGUCCAAUGUUGCCGUUAAGAACAUCGCAGAGAAACUUGCUGACUUUGGCCUGACCAAUUGGAAGCUUCUCGUCUCAAAGGAUUUUUUUGAAUACUGGCACGAGCACCUCUAUGCCAACAUUCGGGCCAAUAUCAUCAUAUCGGAGGACUUCAAGGCGCCAAAUUUCUACCAGGAGCUCCGAAACAGCCCGGUUAUUCUCUGUACCCUCUCUAUGCUUUCAUCUUUUGCUCUUCGCAUGCAUGGAGGUUUUAAAGCCGCACCACUCAGGACCCUCGUCAUCGACGAAGCAUCCCAAAUUGAGAUCGGUGACUACAUACCUCUCUUCACCUCUCACACCUCCAUCCGAAAGGUUUGCUUCAUUGGUGAUGAUAAACAAUUACCACCCUAUGGUCAGGAUGAUAUCCAGGACCUCAAGAGCAUCUUCGAGGUCAAGCAUAUCAAGGACCGUGCCAUUUUCCUAGAUACCCAAUACAGGAUGCCCCCUCAAAUUGGACAGUUCGUAUCUACAUUUGUGUAUGAUGGCCUACUCGAGUCAAAUCCGCAACAUUCCGUCACGAACGAGAGGAUGGCUUGUCAUUUUAUUAACAUUCCCAGCCAGGAACAGUCACAUGGGACUAGUUGGAAGAACGUUGAAGAGUGUCAAACCAUUCUCCACAUCGCUACCAUGCUG